AUGGGAAAAGUCAUGCUGCUGUCCUUCAUUAUACUGAAAUGUGUGGAUGAUGUCUCCAAAAGCACAGAUGGGAGAAAAUCUGUUGGCUUAUGGUUUAAUGACAAUGAUCCAAGCAUAACAAAGAGUUGCACAGAUCCUCUGCCUGUAGAUAGGCUAAAACACCUGCUACAGGCUUUUGCACAUACCAACGUAGUGCCAAAUAAGAAAACUCCAAGAGAAGAUGAAAAAGAAAUCUUGAAUUGCACAGGUGAAGGAAUAAUUUCAAUGGGAAUGCUACUCAAAGUUUUUCAUGCUGGAGGAAGUAAAGAUGAAGAUAAUCACAGAUUUAGUAAUCAGGAGAAGGAAGUCAGCUAUUAUAAGCAUUUCAUCAAUACAUACAAAGAGUUAGGCACUGAAGAUCUGUCACCAAUUCCAGCUGCUGUCUUAAUGAAGCAUCCUUUCAUUAAAGACUUGAUCAACAGUUAUCAAGAAUACAGCCUUCCUGAUAUCAAAAUCUUUCUCCAAAGAUCCAAACAAACAUAGUCAACUUCUGGAAAAAAGCAUAGGUAAAGACAGCUAUGCUUGAAAAACUGUUGUUCAUGGACAUUACGAAAUAUUACUUUUAAGUUUAUAAAGCAUGUCUUUAAACUCCAGUUCUCCAUUCCAUGAAAGGACUGUUUGUUGACUGCUGUGAGAACAAAAUCCUAUUGCAAACAGACACUUUCUGUAACUUUAAAUUAAAAAAAAAAUCAAAACAAAACAGGGAAA